GUGGCCUCCCGCCCCAAAAAAUUGGCGCACAAAACCCAAGCCCAUGGACUGCGGUUGCUGGCAGUGGCUCCGCAAAUCCCAGGCGGUUCCGCCUCGCAUCAAGGCGUCGCAGGUGACCCAUCUGGGCGCGCAGGCAUGGCAGGCGCUGGCCAGCCCGGAGGGUGACGCCAUCCUCUGCUUCUGCAGCCCCCGCUGCCUGGCGCGCCUCCUUUGCGCCUCCUCCGCUUUGCGGCCGGCCCUCGGCUGCGAGUGGGUCCGGCGCCGCGCCACGGAGUGGAGCUUGAACCAGCAGUGCUGCCGACUAGAACACCUGGCCUUUCUCUUGGCCAUGAGCGAGCACAUUCGCAGCCCAGAGUCCCACCACGUCCACUUCGGCUACGGCGGCGGAACUGUGCCGCUCGCCUCGGGCCGCACGUUCCUCCGGGCCGUGGCGGGCGUUGCUCAGCGCUUCCCCCACGCGCGAGUGCACAUCGAUGCUCACACAGGAGUUCAUGCUCCGAACCGGCGAGUUGCAGAUAGAUGCUCACAGGCUCGAGCACAAAGUGUCCGCAAGCACCUGGUUGAAGAGGGUGUGCCCGC